GCCGAGCUCGGCCAUGGACCCGAUCCGGAGCUUCUGCGGGAAGCUGCGGUCUCUGGCCAGCACGCUAGACCGCGAGACGGCCCGGCUGCAGCGGGCGCUGGACGGAGAGGACAGCGACUUUGAAGAUCAUCCAAUGAGAAUUUUACAUGACCUUCAUUCAGAAGUCCAGACUCUAAAGGAUGAUGUUUAUAUUCUUCUUGAUAAAGUAAAAUUGGAAAAUCAGGAAAGCAUUGGUUUCAUAAAGGCAACAAAAGUACUGAUGAAAAAAAAUUCAGUGGAUAUCAUGAAAAUGAGAGAGUUUUUCCAGAAGUAUGGAUAUAAUCCACGUGCCAAGAAAAAUUCAGUGUGUGAGCAAGAAGUCAAUGACUCUACCCCAGAGUUGGCUAAGUGUGAAAAAUUUCAAAAGCCUGAUGUGAAGGAUGAUCUGUCUGAUCCUCCUGUUCCAAGCAGUUCUGUUUCUCAGAAGUCUCUAUGUAGUCCACAACUUUCAGAUUUUGGACUUGAGCAAUAUAUGAUAUCGCAAGUUCUACCAAACCCUACACAGGCAGUAAACAAUCAUAAGCAAGAACCCAAAAUUGUAACUCCACCUACCAAACAAUCACUAGUUAAAGUACUAAAAACUCCAAAAUGUGCACUAAAGAUGGAUGAUUUUGAGUGUGUAACUCCUAAAUUAGAACACUUUGGUAUCUCUGAAUGCACUGUGUGUUUAAAUGAAGAUUACACAAUGGGACUUAAAAAUGUGAAGAAUAAGAAAAGUGAGGAGCUGGUAGAAACAGAGCCCAAGGUCAAUCAUAAUUUUUUUGCCACUCCUGGCCCCAUAAUGCAGCAAUUGAAAAAAAGUGUAUGUUUUUGUAUUUAUCCAUAUAAAUCUACUUCAUCUUUUUUACUUGAUGCCGAGAAUAUGAAUUCCCCCUUGGCACCUACAUUCUGCACUCCUGGUUUGAAAAUUCCUUCUACAAAGAACAGCACUGCUUUGGUAUCCACAAAUUACCCAUUAUCAAAAAGAAACAGUGCAUCAGAUGAUUUGGAAGUUAAAGAUUGCACUUCAUUAGUUUUAAAUUCAGAUGAGUGCUUUGAGAAUUUUGCAGAGCCUUCUUCUCCUACAAUUUCUUCUUAUGAGAAUCUGCUCAGAACGCCUCCACCUCCAGAAGUAACUACAAUUCCAGAAGAUAUUCUCCAGAUUUUAUCAAAAUACAACUCAAACUUAGUUCCAGUAGCUGUUGAAGCAGUGCCACCCAGUAAAGUGUUCCUUAAAUAUGGACAGGAUAUCCAAGAUGUUGGCAACAAAGAAAACUGAAAUUCUAGUGGAUCUGUCCAUUAUAGAAACUGAGGAGAAUGAGAUGAAAGCAGAGCUGGACUUACUGUGUUAUUCACAUGUUCCCCUCCCUCUUUCCUCCUUUUUAAAACUGACCCAUUUUAAAGAGGAGCAUGGACAGUGAUGUCAUAAUAUGCUGUUUAUGAAGUUUUGAUUUGGUUUAACCUGUCUUGUUGAUACGUGCUUCAGUCAUUCUAUUUUUAAAGAUUAUUCCUGUUUCAUUGAUAUUACUCUGCUUAAUCUAACAGAAUAGUUUAAGUAUUAUCAGAAAGUGAGAAAAACAAAUUAAAAAAUUUAAAUGCUACUGUUUGCUACUCAGAUAAGUCCUCCCCUGAUCUCAUGGCCAGGUGGUUAUUGCUGUCCACUAGUUCUGCCUUUCUCUUGUCUCUUCUCAUGACUGUCCCAGAGUCCUUUACACCUUUUAUUUCAUCAAUGCUUUUUGUUUUGUUUCAUUUAAGUGAGUUUUUUUGUUUUUGUUUUUUCAUCAAUGCUCUUUUAAGAUUCCGUCACUUUUUGCAAAUGACAGAAACACAGCUUAAACUAAUUCUGGAAAAGGGGAAUUUACAGCCCUACGUCACUGCACUGUGACCACUGGAGGAAGAGGGAGGUAUCAGUUUGAAUCAGGGACUCAUGGCUUUCAAGCUGUGCUUUUCUUCUGUUUUCUCCCAGCUUUUCACUGUGUUGGUUUUUUUCACAUCGGCACCUUCUACCACAUGGCUGCUGACCUCUCAAGCUCUGCUCUUCAGCUGGGCCACCCAGCAGAGCCCAAGCCUCACUCUCUGGAAGGUUCUGAUGGCUCAUACUGGGCCAGGGGACCCCCUGUGGACUGUCAGCUGGGGCCACAGGAGCCUCUAGAGCUACCUGGUAGCGUCAGACUGCCCUGUCCAUUGAGUCCAAGACCCUUCUGAUUUAGGUCUAUUGGAAAGUAAUUAUCUAAUUAAGUUCAUGAUAGUAUUGUUGGAGAACUUUUCAAAUUACAGCCACUGGGAAAAUAAGAACCUAGCAUACUGUGGAAAUCAGUUAAAAAUGUGAGAAGAAAUGACUGACAAGUAUCAUGACAAGGUGCUUCAAAGGCUUCGCUUUGGGAAAUUUAAUGCAGUAAAAUUACUCUCUUUUAUGACUGUGUUUUGAAAGUCAAAUGGAAGACCU